AUGGAUAUCCAUGCGAUCUUGGAUCGCGGCUUACUGCAGGUCGAUGACCGUGGCGGUGGCGCCGCGGCGGGCGAGGCCCCAGAGGCCGCUGCCGUGGCGGGCGAGGCUCCAGAGGCACCAGCUGCCGUGAACGAGGGCGAGGCUCCAGAGGCACCAGUCGUGAUAGUUGGUCAGGCUCCAGAGGCACCAGUCGUGAUAGUUGGUCAGGCUCCAGAGGCACCAAUCGCUGAGGCGCCCGCCGCUGUGGAUCUCAGCAGUUAUCCUUCAGAGCUCGCAGUUCCACGGGUGGUCAAAUUCAGAAGAUGGUCCAGAGAGCACAUGCAGCAUAUGAGAGAGGCGUUGGCCAAGAAACGGAUGGCACAACUCAGGAGUGACCUGGUCGACGCACGGCGCACUCACAGAGAUUCGAUUCAGGCGAUCACCACCUUGCUUCCAGAUGCGAGCAAGUUGAUUCCACGGUCGAAGGCUCAUGCGAUUGGGAGGAGACGUAAGCCGCUGGAGCCAUGCGAUGUGUCGAUUGCGUGUCGUGCAGCCCACCUUCCGAAGUCAGCCAAGCUCGCCCUCGGAGUGAAGCACACCAGGCUUGUGCUUGCGUGCGCUCGUGUGAUAGAGGCCAGGCAGGAGUUCGCGAUCGGCGCGAUGCUGAAGAGUGCUCGUUCUGCCACUGGUCGUCGACAGGACGGCGCCCAUCAGCCAUCUCCCCGUGGUGUUCACGUCACGUAUGCGCACAUGUGGGACGAGGUUGCCACUAAGUUCAGGUGGAAGCCGUCGAAGGCCUUCCGAGCUCGACGGACCACGACUCGACCAACCUUGGUGCAACGGGGCUGCGUCACGUGGUUGUUGUACAAUCGUCAGGCGAGUUUGGCAUCAGGUUACAGAGAAUACGUGCUCGUCAAGUCGUCGGCCUUGGCGGGGACAUCUGCUCAGUGCUUGUAUCCAGGAGUGCGGCGAGGAGUGCCUAAACAGUUUCGGCUUGACGACGGCGAGCAGAUGAAUACCAUCAGCGAGCAUGUCAAUUCCUUCACGUUUAUGCCCGUUGCGGACAAAGCAGGUUCCAACGUUGCGAUCAUGAAGCACUGGGGCCAGUUGCAUGAGUCUGAAACGCUGUCGUUGCCCAGGUCCCCGAAGAUCUUGUACUGGCCCGAAGUAUGCGGGAUACAUUUGCAUCACAGGGCCAAGCUCCAGGUGAAAGGGAUUCGAUCUCAUGUCAUGCGCCAUUACGGCAUCGCUCAGAUCCAGAAGCUUCAGAAGACAAUGACGAGAGUCACACGGGCAGUUGAGGUUUUGGUGAGGAAACGGUGCAAACGAAAGGUCGGCCCUUCGCCAGCUGGCGACGACACGUUUUUCAAUGUGAUCAACACGUUCUUUGAUUUCAGUGCCAAGCAUCACGAGCGAAAAAACGGUGGCCAUUCGCAACAGUGGCACGAUCUCCGUGAACUUUGCAGCUUGGUGAACGGCAGCUGGCGCGACAAGGAGUGGGUUCAUUGGUGCCACGACGCCAGCACGGGGCUGCCAUGCUGCAGGAGCGAAUCAGAGUGCAAGGAGAAGGUCACCAUCGCGGUGUGCAACGCCACGUGGGGGAACCAGGACAAGGUGCCAGCGGAGUCCAGGUGGACGAACACCCUGGCGAACUUCAAGCAGUCGCUCGUCCGUCGUCUAAUUUACCGCGUUGGCGUUGAUAGCUUCUGCUUGGACUUGGAGUGCGAGGCAGGCGACGGCGACGCGGACGAUCACGUGAAGCUCGAUGGUGAGAGUAGGGGCGAGUUCCAUGCCAUGGUCAACAGGCUUAGGAAUAAAAAGAUCAAGGAGUAUUACCAGUGUGACGAGAACUUUUGGCAGCUUGGGGUCUAUGUCGCAAUCCUUGAGAUUUCGGACGGUUGUUUACUUUACCCACUGCUCAGGGACCCCAUUCCAGAUGACGAGUCGAUUCCCAGCAAGAUGGAUGUGUUGCUCGACCCGCGCAAUGGGAAGGUCGAGGAGUGCUUCGCAUUGUUGCUCGGCCUUUUGAAGUCGUGGACGAAUCGAGAGGACACUAGCGACCAUCCUUGGACUGUGUUGGAAGCCAUUGGAGCGCCAAUGGAGUCAGAGGCGUUCCAGCGCUGGACUCGAUCUCAGAUUCUUCGGCUCUCUUCUGCGCUGUACAGGAGGUACGAACUACGCCUUUCAUCGUGGCCAUACAAGCUGUAUGCGCUGAUUUCGGCAGAUGAUUACACGGAGGAGCAGAGGACGAGUUUGGCCCAGGAGUUGCUCGAUGCUGACGCCGACGUGCUGGACGUCUACAGUCGCGGCAUCCGCCGCUUGUACCCCACAGUGCAACGCUUGCUGUCCUUCGACUGCUACUCCACGCUCCUGGCCGACUUCCGCAGCCACCCGUAUGGCAUCGACUUCAUCGAGAGGCUCAACAAGCAGAUGACGCAUAAGAACACCAAAUCGACCAGCGGGAAGAACAUGUCGUACGCGUGCAGGGAGGACUUCCUGCAGCAGGCGGCCGUGGUUCAUCAGCAUCGCGGCGGGUCACAUCCCCUGAAGGCCAGGUGCGGGCAGCAGGCGUCGAAGCAAGAGACUGUGCGCUACAACCCGCUGCUUGCGAGUUAUAUCGCAGGCGUCCAUAGCGAUGCAGGCGGUGAUGUGCUUCCCGUUCUGGAUUCUGGCGGCGACGUCGACGCGGAUGCGAUCGUAGAGUGGAGCGGCGACAACUUCACUGCUGACGGCGUGGUGGCGACAGGGGGGGCGCUGGAUUUCGAUAUCACGUCUUCCCAGUCGUCGCAGGAGGAGGGGAGGCGCGCUGGCUUGAGCGUUUUUCUGCUCGAGCGCAAUCGGUGGAUGCAGGCGGCCAGACGUCUGCAGGGGAGGAGUCCGCGGGGGUUCGACCUCAUCGAGCGCGGCAUCUUUAACUUCAUUGCCAGCGUCGGGAAAGCCGUCGCGGACGAGGGUGACCUCAUGAUCAUGGUCGACGGCCCGUCGGUCCAUGUCGCAGGUUCGCACUGCAGGCGGCUCGCGCUGGUCACUGGCACGACCUACAACCCCCACGUCUUCGACGUCACCGAGGUGGAGUUCGAUCGGGCCGACUUGCACUCGGUCGAGGUCCUGGAGUUGCCUUGCGACGCCGUCAUCUCGACCAGGGCAUGCAAGAUGGGGUGGAGAGAGCCGCCGCUGGGGACCCCGACUGUGUCCACGCGCACGUCAGACGAGUGGAUCGCGAAGUGCUUGGGCGAGAUGAAGGCGCUGAAGCUGCAUCGGCUGACCUAUGUCGUGAUCACUCCGACGGGUUCGCUCGAGUGGUCUCGCAUCACCCAGUGCGAGUUGCUCGGCGACCUCUGGGCGGACGGCGUGAAGUCACCCUUGACAUUCGGCACUAAGUCUAGCAAGACCGACUACGAGCGCGGCACGUCGCUGAUGUCGAAGAUGUUGCGCGGGGACCCGUUCGAUGAGAAGGGCAAGGAUGCCGUGCACAAGCACGGCAGAGGCCAGCACGGUGGCAGAGGGCGGGGUGCUGCGAGAGGUCGAGCUGGUCGUUCUGGCAGAGGCAGAGCUGCUGGCGCGAGCGUCGCAGCCAUCGCCGACGCCGAGCCGGUGCCAGAGGACACGGACGGUGGCGACAGGCGUGACCCCAGUGACAUCGACAUGCGUGAUAGCGAGGAGGAACUUUCUUCUGAUGGCGAGCUCGAGGCAGCGCAUGCCAUUCCCGACCAGAAGGCCGAUGCGGAUGCAGCCGAGCUUGAGGUGGACCUCGACUUCCAGAAGCACUUGGAGGAGUCACUCCGAGAAGGGGCAGAUGCCAUCGGCUUGGUCGAAGACCCAGCCGCGCCGAUUGCUCCUGCAGGUGGCGAUGAUGCAGCUCCCGAGGUUCAGCCAUGGGAGGAAGUCGACGGGCCGUCAGCAGCUGGGUAUUGUUACAGGCACGGGCGCUGCAUUGGUCGCAUCCAGCGCGGCAACCCCGUGGGGUCCGUGUACGUGACUUGCUCCAUCCACACGAAGUGCAAGCUCACGAUGACCGCGUCCCGCGCCCCAGAUGACGGCGUGCUCAAGCAGUGGUUCUUCGAGGUCCCUGCGCCCCCGCCUGGUGCGACAUCCGAGCAGCGGGCCAAGCUGGCGAAGAGGCACAUGAACAGGGGCAAGCGCAGGUGGUACGCUCGUGCUCCUCCGCCGUCCAGCGACGAGGAGAUUGGCGGAGCUUGA